CAUUUCCUUCGGAUUUGGAUUUCAGUGGAAAAGCAGAGGAAACGAAAUUCCCUCCUUGAUCUCCAUUUCCCCAGCGCUUACAGUCACAGAAGAGAAGACUCAGAGUUCAAUAUAUACACACUUUUCACCAUAAAGAAAAAGCCCUUUUCAAUUUCUUCUUUUUGCCUUUCCUUUCCAUCGGUGUUUCUGAAUUGAAGUGAUGAUGAGUUAGGUUAGGAAUUGGGGGAACAGUAGGAAAAGGUAGUGAGUGUUUGGGUUGGGGAUGGGAAAUGGGUCGGAGUCGGACCCGGACACUAACGGGUGGAGCAGAGCAAGGGGAAUAGUGUUGAAGACGGUGGUGCUGAUCGGAGGGGCAGUGUUGCUGAGGCGUCUCACCAAGUCCACCACUCGCUGGGACCAUACCCGUAUUGUUGCUCAAUCCCUCAGCGGCGAGAAGUUCUCGAAAGAGCAAGCAUCCAGAGAUCCUGAUAAUCAUUUCAAUUUGAGAUGGCUUUCGUGCCCGGCUGCAGAGAUGGUAGAUGGUUCGAAGGUUUUAUAUAUUGAACAAGCAUUCUGGAGAACUCCUCAUAAGCCCUUUCGGCAGAGACUUUAUAUGGUGAAGCCUUGUCCGAAGGAGAUGAAAUGUGAUGUUGAGCUAAGUACAUAUGCCAUUAGAGAUGCGGAGGAGUACAAGAACUUUUGUGAUCGCCCAAAGGAUCAGCGCCCACAGCCUGAAGAAGUUAUUGGGGACAUUGCAGAACAUUUAACCACGAUACAUCUUAAACGCUGUGAACGUGGAAAACGCUGCUUAUAUGAAGGUUCAACUCCACCAGAUGGAUUUCCUAAUUCAUGGAAUGGUGCGACACACUGUACCUCAGAACUUUCCGUCCUGAAGAAUAAUGAGAUACAUACCUGGGAUAAGGGCUUUGAUGAUGAUGGAAACCAAGUUUGGGGAGUCAAGGGAGGUCCUUACGAGUUCAAGCCUGCACCUGCUUCAAGUUUCAUUGACAUGUUUUCUCCUUUGAAUUUUCCUCCUCAGCCCAUGGAGAGAAGGAUAGAAGGCUCGUUUGUCCUCCAAGACUGAUCAUCUGUUGCUCACAAUCACUAAAUGCAAAAUUCUCUUCCAUUGUAAAUCUCAAUAGGUUCUGAUAUUUAUCAUCAGUGUUGUUGCAUCCAAAAUUUGAUCAUUGCAAACGACAAGUGCGGUGCGCUAGAGAAAUGAAGAGUUUCUAGGCGCUUUUAACAUUCCAAGGCAGUAAAUGAAUAAUAUUUGGCGGAAUUUUUUGUCAUUUUCUUGGUCGUUUUACUGUCAAAUAGUGCUCCUUGAUCAUCGAAACAAGGGAGGGUUUUUCUGGUGGACGAAGGAUGGGCGGAGGGUUUUUCUGGUGGACCAAGAAUGAUGUUCAAUAAAAGAAGCUACUUGUUUUUCACUUUUGGAGCUCCAAGUUGAAGAUUUAAAUGUUUCAUGGUAGAGCAUGCACAUUAUAUCACUUGGGUUAUCUUAGUCAUGAGCAUACAGUGCUGUUAGCUUUUUUUUUUUACUGGGAAAGUCCUGUAUAUGAUCCAUCUUUCUUUCCUGCUGAACUCUGGUUAGGUGCUUAGUUAUUAGAAAUUAUUAUAUGGUCCCGGCCAAUCACCACUUCA